UGGAGAUAUAUGGGGUCUGCCGCCUAUCCCCAUCUCCUUCUCCAACUGUUUCUCCAACUCAACUCGCCGAAUCUCCGAAAAGUCAAGUUCCUGAAUAUCUCCGCCUCCAUCUCUCCAUCAUCUCCAUCAUCCCCAUGAAUCUCCAACUUCUCCUCACCUCACCCCAUCUUCAUCCCCCACGCGUCCCCAGGUCCAACCCCUCUGGUUUUGCCCCAACCGUCAUGAUGCUUUCAGCCUCUGCCGCUUCUGACGACCACUGACGUCGUAUCUCCAAAGUACAGGUUAUGGAAGUUUCCACAGCCGCAAAUGCACCCCGUGCCACCCCGUCCCUUCCGCCACCGACACUUGACAAAACCAGGUUCGGCUGACUAAGUGGUGUGCCGACCCAAUGGGUUGCCGCGUUGCGCAUCCACGCCGAGCCGAGCGAGGUUUCUGGGUCUACCAUGAUGUCAUACCCACCGAGUUCUCACUUUUUCUGAUAUCCCCCACUCGAAUCCGCCCCAUCCGACAUCUGCAUUUAAAAAGAAAAUCUGACUCGUUCCACUCUCCCAUGACUUCUUAUAAUCCCCCUUUAGACCUCACAUUCUCCUUUCUAAACAAUUUUUAUUCAAUUUUAUAGCAACGAAACAAACUUGUCGAAACCCCACAAUCAUGGGACUCCUCGACAAAGUGAAAGGCCAUAAGGCCUCGGGCAAUGGGCUCGACACGUCCGGAAGGACGUCUUCGGAUCCCGGUAUCAAAGAGCAGGAAGGCGGAAUCGCCGAUAUCAAUUUCGAUCAAAACACAGACGACACAGAGACCAUCAUGAACAACCCGAACCUCGACGAUGGGAAGGUACCACGCGUAACCUUCAGGACAGCUAUAAUGGCUAUCAUCGCUGCCAUGGGAGGUUUCAUUUUCGGUUACGAUACCGGACAAAUCUCUGGAUUCUUGGAGAUGCAAGUCUUCUUGGAACGCUUUGGAGAGACGAACGCAGACGGGAAACUCUUUUUCUCAAAUGUACGAUCGGGUCUUAUUGUCGCUCUUCUCAGUAUCGGAACUGCCAUUGGAGCCUUGCUUGCUGCACCGCUCGCGGAUAGAAUUGGCCGCCGAGGCUCAAUUCCUUGGUGGUGUCUCAUCUUCUGCGUCGGCGUUACCAUCCAGAUUGCUGUUGGCGAUGGACAAUGGGUUGGUGUCGCAAUGGGAAGAUGGGUCGCUGGUCUUGGUGUUGGAUCCCUCUCCGUUCUUGUCCCACUAUACAUGUCGGAGUCGACCCCCAAGCAAGUUCGUGGAGCCGUUGUGUGUUCCUACCAACUGUUCAUCACCAUCGGUAUCUUCACAUCCAACUGUAUAAAUUACGGCACAGAAUCGCGCACGGAUACCGGCUCCUACAGAAUUCCAAUGGCCAUUGGCUACCUCUGGGCACUCAUCCUCUGCAUCGGCAUGCUCAUGCUUCCCGAGUCGCCCCGUUAUGAUAUCCGCAAAGGUUUCAACAAGCGCGCUUUCAACACGAUGCAGAAGUUCUACGGCGUUCCCGUCAACCAUCGCGCCAUCGCUCUCGAGACUGCUGAGAUUAACGCCAACAUCCGCGCAUCUCAAGGAUCACACGCCUGGUACGAGGUCUUCACCGGUCCUCGUAUGGGCUACCGUACUAUGCUCGCCAUGGCCCUGCAGAUGUUCCAGCAACUGACCGGUGCCAACUACUUCUUCUACUACGGCACCACGAUCUUCGCUGGUGUCGGACUUUCGAACUCUUUUGUCACGGCCAUGAUCCUUGGUGGCGUCAACGUUGGCGCUACCUUCUUCGGUCUCUACUUCGUUGAGCACUUCGGACGCCGCAAGUGUCUUAUCACUGGUGGCUUGUGGAUGUUCAUGUGCUUCAUGAUUUUCGCCUCCAUCGGACACUUCAAGUUCCAGCCUGCAAUCGAGGGCAGCAACGACGCCAAGACCUACGGUACCGUCCUGAUCGUCUUCGCGUGCCUGUUCAUCUGCGGUUUCGCCUCGACCUGGGGACCCAUGAUCUGGGCCGUCAACUCCGAGAUGUUCCCAUACCGUUACCGUGCUAACGCCAUGGCCCUCGCCACCGCCUCCAACUGGAUCUGGAACUUCCUCCUCGGUUUCUUCUCUCCUUUCAUCACCGGCGCCAUCGACUUCAGCUACGGCUAUGUGUUCGCCGGAUGCAACUUGGUCGGUGUGGCCAUCGUGUACUUCUUCCUCAUCGAGUCGGCGACCCGCACUAUCGAGGAGGUCGACACCAUGUAUCUCAUCCACGUGCCGCCGCUCAAGUCGAGCAAGUGGACGAGCGAGAUGAUCGAGCGCGAGCUCGCCAGCAGUGAUAACAUGCACCUGGCGCACGGCGGGCGCAACGUCGAGAAGCGCAACCGCGAUGAGGAGGCGAAUGCUCAGCAGGUUGAGGGCAACGGUGUCCUGGGGGGCAAGCUUGCUGGCGACGAUUCGCUGCCUCAACAUCCUCUGCCGGCUAAUGAUCUGCCGGCGCAUCUUCAACAAUAGAUGCGUUACGUGUCACGCGAUAUAUGGGAUUGUACAAAAAGAAAUAAUAGACAUAAACUCUCCACGGAGACAGAUGUUAUAUUACUACGAUGUAUCAAUGCGACAUACAAUAGCGGCGCUGGUGCGACGGGCGACCACCUCUUGCACCAACGACCGCGCCACAUGUACUCAUGGUUUGUAGAAUCAUUGUUGUAACCUUUUACUGGGAUCGGGCUGCAUAGUUUUGUUUGAUAUCCUGGGCUGGAGUUUAUUUGGGUACAGGACAUUUUAGCUAUUUUCUACAUACUUUAGAUAUAGAAUAUUAUUAUUCACCAUUA